AUGACCACAGGCAACGACGAGCUGCGGCUCCUUCUGGCACAAGACACAAGUCGUGAUGCGGAGGAGCAGUGUCUUCGAAGAGUGAAAAGGGAGAGGAGUUUCAAAACCAGCCUUCCCAGUCUCUCCUACAAUCGCGAUGCGAUUUCACCGCGUUGUCGUGCUCCUGCGUACAUCAAAUAUGCACAAUCUGUUUCAAGCAAGUAUUCAAACUCGACCGAACAAAAACGAUCUCGACAUUAUUCUAGCCACAAGGGGAUGAUGCUCUGA